AUGUGCUCUUGGCCGUUGAUUCCUGCUCGUGUUUGGCCGUGGUGCUGCUUAUUUAUGGCGAAGCGAUUGCGAAGCUUGGCUUCCGUGCUAUGGGAUGGUGACGAAGAUGUGGAUGCAUUACUUCAAGAUUGGAGAAAUCAGCCAACUUUGUCCUGCUCUGGGGCCACUGAUCAUAAAGCUACCACCUGCGAAGUAGCCGUGUGGCCUGAUGCUUGCCCGCCGGUGCAGAUGCUUCCAUUGGUGGUCGAGAAGCCUGCAUUGCAGAAAAAGCGUCGACAGGAUCCGUGGCAUUGGUUGAAGCAGCUCUCCGAGGAUAUUAAAUGUUUCGGGCGACUUCAGACAGAGAUCGUUCGGGACCUAGAGCACACCAAGUUUGCGGAGGGGGCGAUAACGUUCGACUUGGCAAGCUCCAACCUGGCCUCUAGCAUACUGUCACACGCAGAGAUGGGCAUCAGAAGCAUCUUUGCCAAGCACCCAGCGUUGUUCAAAGUAGGGGUCACUAGAAAUCCCGUUUCGCGCUGGCUGCACUCAGCUUAUGGCUACAAGCUUGACAAGCAAGUAUCAUGGGAGCGGAUGACUGUCCUUCACGUGCAUGCGAAUGCUGAUGUGAUUUGUUUGAUGGAGGCGGCACUAAUUAGAAUCUUCUUCAACUCACCGGGCUGCCGAAAUAUUCGGCUCGGAGGGGAGGGUCUGCACGCUGGUGACGGCCAGUGCGUCGAGGCCCUCAGCUUCGGCAGUGGCUUCGCGCCGAUGCUGGCGUACAUGAAGUCCCAGAAGAAGAAGGAGGACGCAGCCAAGAAGGCACCAGCCAGCUCUGUCACGGCUCAUCAGAGGGCGAUGGUCCUGCAGAAGGGUGUGGAAGCCACCCGAGAAGAUCUUGGUAUUGCUUUGGGACUGUCUGAGCAGAACUCUGCCAGACAUGUGGGGAAGGUUGUUUCGAAAUUUGGACUUCGACCUCGUAUCCCCAUUUCACAUCAUAUCUUGAGAGUUGGUAGCGAAACCUUCACUCUGCCUUACCUGGCCCCGAAAGACGUGCUUGGAUACCUACUAAGCGACCAUGCUGACCUGCUUUUGGGAGGGUACACUAUGGCUGAUGAAGCUGCCAACCGCGGGCUAGCCAUGUUUUGGGCACGAUAUCGAAGCAUGCAUUCCUCGCAUGCUGUGUUUGGGUCACCUGCUGAGCGUUUGCGCUGGACAAUACCACUUAGCCUACAUGGUGAUGGUGGGCGUACACAGAAAAAGCAAGUAGAACCGGUGCUUCAGACUGGGCAACGCUGCAAUGGGAAGUACCACUCUUACUUGACCCGCUUCCUUCUCUUUGCUUUUCCAAGCAAGCAGUGGCCCCCGGAGCUUCUAGCGGACGUUUGGAAAUCGUUGUCAAGUCAGCUUCGAGAGCUGUUUGAGAAUGGCCUUCUGGUGCAAGGCCGCCGCUACUACUUUGCAAUUCUGGGAUUAAAAGCGGACUUUGAAUUCCACUGCGUCUCGCUGCGUGAUGCUGGCUUGAUGAGGAGCUACGAGCACGUGGGAAGGGCUAAGGACAUCCCUGUGUGCAUGGAAUGCGAGGCUGGCUUUCCGGAUGUCCCUUUUGAGGACGCCAACGCAAAUGCAGUGUGGACAAAGACCAUCGGCAAGUCUGCUCCAUGGCGACAGCUGCCGAGUAUGGCGCAAAUACCUUUCGACAACUGGCAAUCCUUUCCAUCUCGAGCCCCUGAAUUCUUUCGCAGGGAUCCUUUGCACAUCUUCCGCCUCGGUGUGGCGCGUAACUUUUUGGCCUCGGCAAUAUUGCUGCUGUGCAACUUGGGAGCAUUCGACCUUCAAGAUGAGUCAAAGUCUGUGGAAAACAGGCUCAUCAGAGCCUGGAGACAGUUUCAGCUUUUUAUGGAAGCUGCGUCUUUACAUGUUGGGGGCCUCAGAAGCUUCAGCAAGAAAAAGAUGCAUUUUGCCAGUGGAGGAGCGUUCCCUUGGCUUGGAUGCAAGGGGUCGGACACAAUCGUGCUUCUGAAAUGGUUACGGGUACUCCUGGUACAGCUUCGAAGUCGUGGUCGUGCUCCAAGCACGGGCCAUGAUUUUAGCACUUGCCGCGCCUGUACUUUCAUUGAGAUGGCUGUGACUGGAGGCUUGAAUUUCUCUCAAGGAGUCCAUGGGCAUUCCCUUUGGCUGGGGCAAAGCUGCACUCGCUUUCUUCGCAAGGCCCUUUUUGAUUUCCUACGAGGCUAUGCUUGGCUUGCGCAAUAUUGCCUGAUUCGGAACAUACCUUUGUUCGGCCUCACACCGAAGUACCAUGCACUAUGUCAUUAUAAACAUGACUUCGAAGCUUCACUUCAGAAAAACCAGCAGACAAUCAUCAAUCCAGCGGCUUGGGAUUGCAGUAUGUCGGAAGACUUUAUAGGCCGAGUUUCGCGACAGUCUCGACGCAUCGGAUUCAAGAAGGCGACCUUCGAGAAGCACUUCUUACAGCACUAUCUUCUCAAAUUCUCUUUUGUUCUGAAGGACUGGCAAAAGCAUGGCGAUGGACCGCACGCUCGUGCUAGGGUGAGACUUGGUCCCUGCAAGCGCAAACGUGCACGCACGCGCUGA